GUGCAAUGUGUAGUCUUUAAUCUUUAUACUUUACAGUUUACAUAUAUAUAUACUGCUUAUAGUUUAUAAUCUCAAUUCCCAAUAUUGAAAAAAACAUUUAAUUGCGUUGUUGAUUGAAUCACUUGAAAUAAGUUUGUGCUUACAGUGACAAUCCUAUUUCCAUCAUGGGGAAAAACAAAUCCCAAAGGACUAAAAAUAAUACCAAGCCAUCAAAUAGCAGCCGAAGUGCAGAACUUCUUAGCAAAGCAAUGUCAAACGUUGUUGGUUUUUCAGUUCCUAAAGAUUGUGAUUACGUUCAAAGACUUUCUAUAGGCAAUCUAAAUGACAUUGACAUUGACCAAAGUUUUCAGCUUGUAUUAAAAAAAAUGACUAAAAAAGAUGCAACAACUAAGUUUAAAGCUCUUCAGGAGUUUUCCCAAAUGUGUAAUGAGUCAAGUAUUGAAAUAGUUGAGUCAAUCUUACCAUUUUGGCCAAGGCACUAUUUAGCAUUAUCCGUUGAUCUUGAGCAUCGUGUACGUGAAGCAGCUCAACUAGCUCAUGCAUCGCUUGUCAAACGGGCUGGUAGAAAUAUUGCAAUAUAUUUAAAACGAAUUGCUGGCGUAUGGUUUACAUCUCAAUUUGAUACAUAUCCAUUAACAGCUUCAGCUGCAAUGAACUCCUUUAACGAUACAUUUCCAGAUAAAAAAUUAAACGAUGCAAUAAUUUAUUGUCAAAAUGAAAUAUUGUCAUAUAUACGUGACAACAUAAUUGUACAAACACCUCAAACAAUGAACACAAACAAAUUACUAACGCCUGAAGAACUUGAAACAAAGUAUCAACGUAUUUUAAUAUGUAGUCUUCAGAGUUAUUCUUACUAUCAUAAGAGAAUACCACCUCAACAAAUUGAAAAAACAAUGCACAUUCAUCAACAAAUAAUAAGUAAUACAAAAUUUUGGAAACUAUCGAAACAUGAAAAUACACUUAUUAAAACUGCAUUCUUUAACGUCUUAUCAUCAAUAAUUAAUACUGCAACGAGUUUAAUAAACGAUGAAAAAAAAAGAGCAAUGACUUCAAUAAUGAAUUGUCUUGAUGAUUCAGAUCCUGGUAUAUUGUCAGCUGUCUGGGAAUGUAUUGUUAUUGCAAUUGAUAAAAUAAAUGAUUGGCAUAAUUCAGUCAGUACGGAGAAAUUGGUACUACCAAAAUUAUGGAGAGUACUCAAAAAUGGUGGACAAGGUUGUGCAAGUGUUGUUUAUCCGAGUUUAUUGCCGUUACUAAGUCAAUUUCACAAAUUCAAUAGUGAUGAUAAAAAAAAUUGUUAUUAUAAUUUUUUUGAUAAUAUGAAAAUUGGAUUUUCACAAAAGACAGUACAAAUGAGUCGUUCAGAAAUAUUUUCGAUAACAAAAUCAUUCGUUGAAUGUUUUAGGUAUACAGUGUUAUUAAAUAACGACGAUCUCGAUUUUUGUAGUGGGUUAUUGCAAAAUCAACUAAUGCCUUUGAUUGAAUCUUGUAUGUUGGAAUACUCGAAAAACAAAAAAAUCAUGUUCCACGAGGUGACACAACUUGUUAGAUAUUGGAGUAAAAAUCGUGAAAAUAAAAAAUACCAAUCUUACCAAAAAUUGGUUGAGUUAUUUUGGAUUCAACUUGAGAAAAUUUUCUUCAAAUUAAGUGAUAGUACGAUGAAUAAUAACGAUGAAAUUCAGAUUUCGAACAUUUUUCAUGCUAAAAUUGAAUUACUUACGAGCUUGCAAUAUACUCCGGUUCAAUCGCGCCAUGGUCGUCAUGUUCAAUUUGCUGAUUGUGAUGAUUUUAUUAAUAGAAAAGAAAUAGUUGAAAUAAUAUCGAACAAUAAUGAUGAAGCAUUCGAUAAUGAACUUGUUCAAUUAGUGUCAAAAGUGUGCAUUAACUUUUUGAAUAAUAUUGAAAAUGAAAACUCGAGGAAACGUAUUGAUUAUCUAAACCAACUUACAUUAACGUUUGAAAGUGAAAAACUAUUUAUUGAGAUGACAAAAGGAAAUGAAAGUUUAUUUGAAUUUUAUAACAAAAACUUGAAAAAUUGGUUGGCUGAAAAAAAAUUUGAUUCAAAUUCUGUUGUACAGUUGACAUUUAUGUUGUAUAGUUACAUGACUGAUUAUGAAAAAAAAAUGAUUCUUGAUUCCUUAAAUGAUUUCGAUGAUGACAAUAUUUUAAGUGAAGCUCUCACAGUGUGUCUUGUUAAUAAAAAUCGUAAAGAUUAUCAGAUAAAUAAUUGGUUGAAGCAACAACAAGUAACUGAUUAUCUUAUUAAAGUAUCGAAAAAAAUCUGUGAUAAAAAUGAGACUGAAAAAUCACUCGAUGUUGGUUUGAUUAUUUUGGCAUUCAGAUCUAUAAACAGUAAGGUAAGUGUGAAUCAGGAAGCAAUUGAUGGAAUAGCAUCAGUGUUUUGUGAAAAAUUAAAUAAUCACGAUGAAUUAGUAGACAAUCCAAUGGUCGAUUUAGUUUUGCAAUUGCUCGAGCUCACUUGGACGCAUCAAGACUGUACAAGUGGUUCACUGAAGCUGUUAAGAAGUCUAUUUGGUUUGACUUUACAUGACAAUAUAUCGUUAUCUGUAAAGAAAAAAACACGUGAAAAUUGGAAGUCUGGUUUGAAAAAAAUAAAUAAAAAAUUAUUAUCAGAUAAAUUACUCGAUUUUCAAAGUGAAUGCAUUAGUAUAUUAUUCAAGAAAUUAUACUCAUCAAGCAAUGCAAAUGUCGAUGACAUGGUCGAUAUUGUUUUCGACUUUAUCGAAUCAUCAUGCUAUUAUGAUUAUUAUUCAGCUCUGAGCAUGAUGAUUCAAUUUAAUUUAUCGCAAAAACAUAUAUUUACAGAAUGGAUACCACAAGUUGCUGAUUUAAUACUUUACGGUGAAAUAUUAUCGGGUUAUUUUCAUCUUUCAAAUCCAAUUCGUAGUUUACCGGUGGACAAACCAAUGACAUACAUUAUCUCUGAAAAAGAAGUGAUUCCUGAUAAAACUGAAUCUUGUCUUCAGUGGGCCUUGCUUAAUGUAAAACUCUUAAUUAAAUUGCUGGUUAAGCUGGCCGACCAUCAUGUUGCCGAGGACUCUAGUGACAAGGGUUAUCUUGCCGAUUUACACCACAUCAUCAACAGCAUCUUAUUAAUCGUGAGUCUCAGUGAUUUAUAUGGCAACCACUAUAAAUCAGCAAAGAAUUAUGAUUCUAUUAAGAAAUUGAAUGAAUUAUUAAAUGUCGAUUGCAUUGAACUUCGUAAAAAAGUACCAAAAUUUAUAUGGGGUAACGUGUUGAACGAAUCAAAAAAAGUGGAUGAUUUUUGGAUUGAAUUUGGUAGUAUAUUCAAUCAAUUUUUAAGGCAUUAUUAUCUCGAUGACAAACAUUUGUUAGAGAUAAAACUAAAUAGUGAUGGUAAAUUGAGGAAAUUCUUGGAACUCGAUAAUAAUUUAUUAACACUAGCACAUCAUAUCAAUGCUGUUGUAUUGGCGAGAAAUCUUGUUGGCGGUAGACAACAUGAUAUUCUGUGCCGAGAUGUACUCAUCAAAAUAAUAAAACGAUGUCAGAAUAAUAAUUUUCUGUUAGUUAAUGCAAACAGUGGAAUUGACGUUGACAAUGUAUCUUGGGAAGACUUUUAUUUGCCUUUAGAAGUCAUCAGGUUGUUUACACAAUUUGUCAAGACAGCACCAACUGUUAUGAAUUCAACUCUUUGGGAUGCUGUGUGUGUUUAUCUUGCAUCUUGGCAGUUUUCAGUUAAUAAAUCGAAACAUAAUCAUCAUGAUUUGAAGGUACAAUGCUUCAUCGUUGCUGUGAGUAAUAUGUUUUGUGAGGUACAAAGUUUAAUGAAUCGCCACGAGAAAAAUACAAUCUGCGAGUUACCACCAACUCUUCUAUCUGAAUGGAAUGAUGUAUUCGCUGAGGAUAUUCACCGUGGUAUUGUAACUACAUGGAUGUAUUAUGCUGAUUUAUACAAUAAAAAAAAUGACUAUCUUAUGCCAAUUGUCAUGCUAAACUAUCUUGGAAAUGCUGUUAAAUUACUUAAUGGUAAUUUAUUCUUUAAGACAGACAGUGGAAAUACUUCACCCGAAGUAACCAGCAAUGAGUUAAUUAAAUUUUCGUUUAAACUGUCUUCAUCAUCUGUACCAAGUCUUCAAUUGUCAUCGUAUUUUAUGCUUAAUAGAAUGAUCCCGAAGCUCGUUGAGCUGGAUAAAAAUUCAAUGGACAAGGAUAAUUUUGAUUCAAAAACAUUGAUUAUAUCAAAUUUCAAAGAUUCAUUGAAAAGUACACAGAAUAUUGUUGAUGCAAUGUUGAGUGGUCUUAAGCUUUGCGAUAAUAUCAGUUGUACAAUUCAAUCAUAUACUGAUUCGUAUACUUAUACACUAGCUUAUCUCCUCGUCUGGGCAAAUGUACUAGAAAUUUGUAGUCACGCACAUGCUGAUUUACGUUAUCAAUAUGCUGAAAAACUCAAAGAUGAUUUUUUUCCAUCGCUGUUGAACAAUAUAUUCCGUUUAAUGCCAGCUGAAAUAUUACAGGAGACAAAGAGUCGUCUUCCAAUUCCGCAUCUAAGUGAUAUAUUUAAAAAUCCUCCAGUACUCAAUUUCAAUCAGAGUUUGAGUGAUUUGAAAAUCGAUCAUAUUGCAUGUUGGAUUUAUGUCAAUUGUUUGAGGUUCUUACCAGUUGCCGUUAGACAGUGGUGGAGCACUCUCGACCCAAAAGCUAGCAGUGUUGUUGAAAAGAUAACAAUGCUUUAUGUUACUCCAAUUUUAUGCCAAGAAGAAUUGUUGAAGAAACGUAUCGAAGUUCCCAAUAUGGUGAUAAAGGUUCAUCCAAGUGCCCGUGAAGUUAUCGCACUUUAUCAAAUGGAUGAUACUAGGCUGGAAUUGAACAUGGUAUUGCCAGUUAAUUAUCCACUCGGACCUGUUUCUGUUGAACCUGGACAGUAUGCCUGUGGUGCUGCUAAUUGGAAGAAUUGUCAUAUGCAACUUUCAAUAUUUCUUACUCAUCAGAAUGGAUCGAUUUGGGAUGGUCUCAUGAUGUGGAAGAAAAAUCUCGAUAAAAAAUUCGCCGGUGUUGAAGAAUGUUACAUUUGUUUCAGUAUAUUUCACAUUAAUACUUAUCAAAUACCAAAACUUUCUUGUCACACGUGUCGUAAAAAGUUCCAUGCUCCAUGUUUGUACAAAUGGUUCAGCACAAGUCAAAAGUCAACAUGUCCUAUUUGCAGAAAUAUUUUUUGAUCGUUUUUCAUUAAGAUUUAAGUUAUUUUGUAAUAAUAAAACUUGUAAUUUUUGAGGAACAUUCAAAGCAAACAUGCGAUAAUAAAAUAUCUAUAAAAUUUA